ACGGCUGACCGAGUGAGGAGCAGCGCUCAGAGGUGAGAGUUCACUCCGGUAAAAACAUGGUUGAACACGGGGAUAUCCGCGUGGUUCACUGCGGCGGCAGUAAAUUAAACUUCAGGGAUCCUGUGAUAACCCACGACUCCAGGUUCCUUCUGUGCGCCUCCGGAGAGGCUGUGAAGGUGUUCAGCACCUCCACAGAGGAGUGUAUCCACGAGCUGCGGGGUCACACCGGGCUGGUAACAGGUGUGCUGCUGAGACCCUCAAACCACUUACAGGUUUACUCUUCAUCGCUAGAUGGCACUGUCAGACUUUGGGACUUCACAGAUGGGAUUCUUAUUAAGACUUGUGUCAUUGGAUACCCAAUCUACUCCUUCUACGCCUCUGCCAAACAUGAAAACGUCAUCUUUAUUGUUACGUCCAUGCCGAGCGAAAAAAGAGCGGAGCGUUUCCAGCUGGUUGCGGUCCAUCUGCCACAGAGUGGAGAUCAACUGGUGGAGGCUCGAGAACUUUCUGCUGUACUCAGCGGCGUCAACCCCAACCCAGCAGCCAUCGCCUUUGGCAGAGGGGGAGAAUUUAUUGCUUCAGUGAACGACUUGCAGCUGGAGGUCUAUUUCUUCAAGAAGCAGAAGUCGUACAGGUUUUUCCUGAAAGAAGACAACAAGAAGGGCGGCUGGAACACAUUCACAUGUGUCGCCUGUCACCCGAAAGAUGACUGCAUCGCCACGGGACACGAAGACGGGAAGAUCCGCCUGUGGAGAAACUUUAACCACAAGAAGGAGUACACGUACUCCACUCUGCACUGGCACCACAGCGCCGUCAGCUCGCUCUGCUUCACUCCAGAAGGGACCAACCUGCUGAGUGGAGGUGUGGAGUCUGUGCUCAUCCAGUGGAGGUACAAGCAAGAGAGCGAGCGGGACUUCCUGCCCCGCCUGGGCGCCGCCAUCACUCACAUCACUGUGUCACCUGAUGGAUCGCUAUUCUGUACCUCACACAGCGACAACAAGAUCACCAUCAUCCAGAGCUGUGUUAAAGUGUCUGCUGUCAUUCAGGGCCUGGUCAAAGGCGACAGCAUCAGGACAGACUUGAUGAUGGAUCCUCGCAGCAAAGCUCUGGUGCUAAAUGGGAAACCCGGACAUCUGCAGUUUUACUCGCUCCAAAGAGACAAACUGCUGUACAAUCUGGACAUCGUGCAGCAGGAGUACAUUCAUGAAUCGGGCCUGCAGCAGUUCGAGGUGGUCAAAGCGGCGUUUGAUGCCUCCGGCUUGUGGUUGGCAACGGUGGAGGAAAGGCAUCAGAAAGCUGCUGAGCUGGAGCUGAACCUGAAGCUGUGGGCUUUCGAUGAACAGACGCAGAGUUUUGUGCUGAACACGACCAUCUCGGCCCCCCACGACGCCCAGAUUACCGCCAUGUCCUUUCGCCAGACCGCCGACAGCCAGACCACCCUGCUGGUCUCCACCAGCAAAGACGGACACUUCAAAGCCUGGCAGCUCGCCGCUCCGGCCCACACAGAAGAUGAAGGUCCUUCCUGGUUGUGUGAUUUCGUUGGAGCCUAUCACGGCCUGGUGCCCGAAUGCUGCAGCUUCUCGGCUGACGGCUCUCUGCUAGCCGUCGCCUUUCAGGAGGUGGUGACCGUGUGGAGCCCUGCAACCUGGGAGCUGCUGACAACCCUGUCGCAGCCGCCGGGAGCUGUCAGUGAUCUUUGUUUUGGGCGACUGAGCUGUUCCAAGUAUCUGCUGGGAACCACCGCCAGCAAUCUGCUCUGCUGCUGGAACCUCCUCACCUGCUCUUUGGAGUGGAGCACUUCCAUGGAUGUCAGGCGGCUGCUGGUCGACCCCCUCUCCGAGAACAUGGCUGCCUUUUGCUAUCAGAGCGGAUCCACUGACCUGUUUGUGUUCAAGCCCAGCGAGCCUCGGCCGCUGUUUUCCCGUAAGGCUGUGUGCUCGGGGAAGGUGACUCAGGCCGUCUUUGCUCCCAGGGAGGAGAUGCUGGAGAGCUGCGAGGAGAGCAGCCAGUGGCUGAACCGCUCUCAGCUUUACUUCCUCACUCAGCAGAUGGAUCUCAUGACAUUCACCACCAAGGCCGAGGAGGACAGGCUGCUGGCAUCCAGCAAACAGCUUGUGAUUGACGACACCGUAGCCAUGACGCCUUUCUAUCUGUUGUUGGGGAAACACAGACAGCAGCAACAGGAGCAUCGGGACUCCGACAGCAGCCUGUGGGCAGAGAGAACGGCGCUGCCACAGACCUCUGCCUCCAUCAAAGAGCUCCUGCAGACUCCGGCUCACGUCCUGCCCUCCACCUCAUACCUGUGCUCCAUGUUUGUUCAGUCUCUGCUCAUCUCCGUCUCAGACGUCAGGGAGGAAAAGGCACAUGCAGAAGAGGAAAUGGAGAGCGAGAAAGAGGAAGAGGAUUCUGAGGAGGAAAUGGAAUCUAGCAGGUCCAAACCGGAGCUGGUGGCGGCGGCGACAGAGUCGGACGCCCCCGCUCUGACGAAGGCUCAGGCCAGAGAACUUAGGAGGGUGAGGAAGCUGGAUCACAGCUGGCUCGCAGGCCUCCUGGACUCCUAACCAGAGCCUGUACGAGGUUUCCACCAGCAGCUCGGACGUUUUCUGUUUUAUACCAUAAAGUCAAAGUGGGCUUCUUCCACUUUGUCUCCCUGACUGGAAACAAAUCUCUGUGCAAACACAAAGCACAUAUUUGAUUACACAAUCCUCAAGUCAUUAUUGGACAAGUUUAUGACAUCCAAACAAUAGAACCCCUCCCAGCCUUUCCUCCGCUGUUGUACAGCGAGCGCGAGUUUCCACCAGUUUUCUUGCCAAAACUCUGGACUGAAUUUUUGGUCUGGAUUCUUUUCAAUCCUUAUUUGUUUUGUGGGUUUGUCUUAUUCUUUUUUUUCUUUUUUGGAAAAUAAAUAUUUUUACCAA